AUGUCAGGGGAAUCCGCCCCAAUCACCCUGGACGCUUUCGCUGAAGCCAUCAAGGAGCUUCCACUCUCAGUCGUCUACGCCAAAGUCACCGAACUCCGAAACUCCAUCGCCCACUUGCGACGUUCCAAUGCCGAGCUGCAAACAUUCGUGGCCGAGUCAUGCGACACCGAAGAUGAGAAACGGGAGCUCGGGGGCUACAUUUCCGAAAAUGAGGGCGUGAUGACCUCCAUGACGGACAGGAUCAUGUUGUUGAAGGCAGAGGUUGAGAGCCGGGGUCAGCGAUGGAUUGAGGAGAGUCCCGCGAGCGAGGCCAAGGAUGAGGGAGCUCCAGCUAUCAAUGGGAGUGCGGAUGAUACUGGAAACGCGGCGCCUCAGAACUCUGCUGCAGAGUUCCCGCGCGGACCUGAUCCGGAACAAGAUGGCGUCUACCUGUGA